UACUCAUUAGAAAGUCGGCAGGCCGGUAAGAAAAUAUUUUCGUCUCAAACAGUAGCCUAGUAGUAGUAGGCAGUAGGCUGUGAAGUGCGUUCACAGCUAGCAAGCCCGAAGCUUCUUCUUUUUUUUUUAUUCCAGCGAAAGGUCGUGGAUAAGGAGCUUGCAGAGUUUUGGCACGAUCCAGAAAGCCUAGCGGCCAGCAGCAAUGAUCAAAAGUUGCGUUGCAGUUUAGAAACUAUUGUCGCAUUGAAUGCGUGACUCGGUGGUGUGUAGUCGUAUGGACGUGGAGUCGGUCCCGGUUUGAGCGGACCGAGUGACAUCCUGCUGCUGCGCCUGGCGAGAACGGGGCACGACCCUGGUGUCGCCGCUCGUGGAGGUACUGUAUUGGCAGUGUCUUGCCGCUGCUGAGCGAACCACCAGCCAGAGCAGCAGCAGCCACCGUUGUCGUGCGGCUGCCGCCAUCCUUGGCUUACUGAUGCGGAUACAUGCUUCCUAGUCAUAUUCUACGUGGAGUAGGCCGCCUGCGCUAUCGCCUCUUUCACCAGUUUGUUCUGAUCAGCUUCGCUCUGAUCGUCCUAGUUCUUUGGCGUGUAGGCACAACGACAAAUCUGAACUUUCUGGAAAAAGCUGAACCUCACCCCGCACCAGUGGCCGACAUAACCGUACAGACUGUGCAGGAAGAAGCACAGCCCACCACAGCAGCACCACCAGUGCGAAAGGUACUGUGCCAGCACAAGCCCUUGGUGAACCUGAGCGACUCAGCUGGUCGUGGGCAGACGGCACUAGUGACUGGGGUGGGUGGAUUUGUUGGCUCGCACGUCGCUACGUACUGCCUCAACACCCUCGGUCUGAACGUGAUCGGCCUCGAUGAUCUCUCCAGCGGUAAGUUAAAAAACGUACCGGACGGAGUGCAGUUCAUUCGCGGCAGUGUUGGCGACACAAAGCUGCUGCAUCGACUGUUUGCAUCCUACAAGUUUGACUACAUUUAUCACUUGGCAGGACACGCAGGCGAGCUCAUCUCCCAUCAUGUGCGAUCAUUCACCUACACGAAUGAGCUGGUGGCCUCGGCAAACCUGCUCAAUGCUGUCGUGCGCGCCGGCGGUACAAAAGGGUUUGUCUACUUGUCGACGACGUCCGUGUAUACGGACAGUAGCCUGGACAGUCUGGACAGUAGCCUGGAAGAGAGUGGCAAGCUGCACGUCCACACGGAGAGCAGCCACACAUCGCCAAUGUCACCGCUUGCAAUUGCCAAGCUAGCCUUUGAGCACGACCUCCGAGCUGCGCAGCGCUCGUAUGGCCUUGCAUACACCAUUCUGCGAGCGCACAGCUUGUACGGUCCAGCUCAGAACCUCCAGGAUCCGUAUCAUAGUGUCAUUUCCUCCUUUAUUCGCCAGCAUCUCAAUCAGCAGCGCACACGACCGGUCACCAUAUAUGGUGACGGCACGCACAGCCGGGCAUUCACCUAUGUCACGGAUAUAGUUCCCUUGAUCAGCAUGAGUCCGUUCUUGCCCGCAGCCGAGAACCAGAUCAUCAACGUUGGCAAUGACGAGCAGACUAGCAUCAAUGCCUUGAAGGAGAUGAUCGGUGAUGCACUGGGUCGACCGCGUCCAGCCACCUAUGUACAGUCGCACAGUGAGCCACAGACCAUCAAAGCUGAUCACACUAAGAUGCGCUGCAUCUUCGGCGCGUGGCCCAUGACUAGCCUGCAGGAAGGACUAUCGCGUCUUCUGCCGCACGUCAUGGCCAGCUUCUCCGGCAAGGAGAACAUCCAGUCGAUCUUGGACGCCAGGCAGAUUCAUCACGUGGAGCUGGCCGACGGUAUAGAUGUGCAGUCGUGGGAAGGUCAUGAGGUUGACGUGGUCAAUGCUAUGCCACUCUCCGACACUGAACGAGAUAGAGCUCAGGCUGGUCCUUGGCCCGCGGAAGACCGUACGUAGUGCUAGAAUGGGCUAUGCUAGAAUGGGCUAUGCUGUGCUGAACUACUAGUUAUUCUAUUGCUGUUCUCAGCGCUUGCUUUAAACGUUAACGUUUUCGUCACGGGUAGCGUGGUUGAGGUCACUUUCUCUCUUAGCUGUUGUACAUACACGCAGGCAAAGUGCUAAUAACCGUGAGUCGUGUGUCGGUCUUCCUACUGGUAACAGUUCUACAUGUGUUGUGUGCUGUCAUGGCGCAAUGUGUUGUGCUGCAACCCCGCGGCUUGGACAAUAUACCGCGGCCUCCUUUUUCCAUUAGCUAUCUUAUAUCCAAUUCAAUAUCCCAUAGACCAAAGACCCAAUAACGUUACUACCCUUCUAUAACGUUAGCAACGACAAUAUUCAUCCCGUUCCCAAA